AUGGACGUUGUCGUUAUGUAUUGGUACUACCGCCGGCGGAGACGGUACAAUCGGCGUUAUUGGCAGCAUCCACUCUUGGUGCAAAGAGCUAGAGCAGGUGCUUACCGUUUACUCAUGAGUCAAUUGCGGGGAGACGACUCAAAAUUUUUUAAUUACUUUCGUAUGUCGAUGUCUUCUUUUGAUCAUCUACUUAAACUACUGGAAAAGGAUUUAAAAAAGCAAGACACUAAUUGGAGGAAAAGUAUCUGCCCUGAAGAAAAAUUAGCAAUAUUUUUAAGAUAUGCAGCAUCCGGAUGUUCUUUUAAAGAUCUACAUUAUACCUAUCGUGUUGGUGUAUCGACCGUUAGCAACAUUAUAAAAGAGGUUUCAAGAUGCAUAUGGAAUAAUUUGAGUGCUUUAUAUAUGCGACUUCCUACAUCAGUCGAUGAGUGGAAACAAAUAGCAGAUGGAUUUGACAAAAGAGCAAAUUUUCCACACUGUCUUGGUGCAGCAGAUGGCAAACACGUCAGACUUAAAAAACCACAAAAUAGCGGUUCAAUGUAUAUGAAUUACAAGGAUUUUUUUUCCAUCGUAUUAUUAGCGAUCGUAGACUCUGACUAUCGCUUUGUAUACGUUAGUGUUGGAUCUUAUGGGAAAGAAUGUGAUUCAUCAAUAUUCAAGGAGACAACAUUUUGGAAAAUGAUGCUAGACGGCAGUUUACAAAUACCAGCACCAUGCUCAUUAUCAACAAACUCAGAGUUGAGAGUUCCAUAUGUGAUCAUAGGAGAUGAAGGUUUCGGAUUACAUGAAAAUUUACUUAGGCCGUUCGGCGGGACGCACCUGGAUAAAAAUAAGCGAAUAUUUAACUAUCGCUUAACUAGAGCUAGGAGAUACGUUGAGUGUGUUUUCGGUAUCUUGGCUAAUAAGUGGAGAAUAUUCCAUCGACCUUUAGACACUCAUAAAACAACAGCUGUAUGGAUCGUUAAGGCAUGUACUGUUCUACACAACUUUAUCAGGGAUGAGGAGGGUUUAAUCUCAAACAGUGAUAAUAUCAGCGUAUCUGAAGAAGUUCAACUCGAAAACCUACCUAAUGAGAGAAGGACACGAGGUGGUAAUGCUGCCAAUUCAGUUCGAACAGAAUUUAUGAACUAUUUUUUGUCUGAAGCUGGAUCGGUUUCAUGGCAGGAAGAAUCUAUCUAGAAUAUACCUCAAUUCAAAUAUAAAAACGAAAACUUACCG